ACGGCAUAUAAGGAUAAAAGAAGCCCUAAUCUCGAGGGAGAGAAACUGAUGAUAUAAGUGAAGGCGGUGGGCGAGAUUGAAAUAGGGUUCGCGGAGGAGGAGAAGAGGGAGGAGGAGCUCCAGCGGCAUCUCAAGCACCAGCAACAGCAGGAGCAGUGGUUUCAGGGGGAAGAAGGAGAGGAGGAGGAAGAAGAGGAGGAGAAAGAGGGUUUUGCAAGGAUGAGCAUGGAUGGAGAGAGUCCGCCCAGAGGAGGAAGCCGUCGGAUCCGUAGCGGCGUCGUUAGCGAUCGCUCAUAUUAUCGCGAUGCGCCGUAUCGGAGAGACUUCCGCCGACCUUCCAGGAUAGCGGAUGACUACUGCAAGAAUUGCAAGCGCCCAGGGCAUUUUGCCCGAGAUUGCCCAAAUGUUCCAGUUUGCAAUAAUUGUGGACUUCCAGGGCACAUUGCAGCCGAGUGCAGUACAAAGUCUCUCUGUUGGAACUGUAGAGAGCCUGGUCAUGUUGCAAGUCAAUGCACUAAUGAUCCAAUAUGCCACACUUGUGGUAAAGUUGGCCACCUCUCUCGAGAUUGUACAGCACCACCUGUCCCACCUGGAGAUAUGAGGCUCUGCAACAAUUGUUAUAAGCAAGGGCAUAUAGCUGUGGAUUGUACCAAUGAGAAGGCAUGCAAUAAUUGUCGCAAAACUGGCCAUCUGGCUCGUGACUGUCCUAAUAGUCCUGUUUGUAAUAUCUGCAACAUUUCUGGUCAUGUUGCUAGACAGUGUCCAAAGGGGGGCAUGCUUGAUGAAAGAGGUCCUCCAAGAGGUCCACCAAGAUUCAAUGACAUCAUUUGCAGGUCAUGUAACCAGCCAGGACAUAUCAGUAGGGACUGUACAGACAUUAUCAUUUGUCAUAACUGUGGUGGUCGUGGGCACUUGGCAUAUGAAUGUCCUUCUGGUCGGAUGAUACCUCGUGACAUGCGCAGGCGUUGAUGCUGAAUUUUUCUUCUCAUCUCGUGAAUUGUCUGCUUAAUACGGUUCAUCUUUUCCUAUUCAGAACUGAGUUUGGUUGGUAGGCAGGAGACAUUUAACUGUCUUAUUUAAACAUGGCAUGUUAAAGCCUUUUUAAGUUUUAUGCUUUUAAAUUAUAAACUACAGGCCAGCAGACCAGCAAUUUUUAAUGAAAUAUAUUUUAUUAGACUGGAUGAUAUGUUAUGACCAGCUUUUCUUUGAUGAAAUAUAUUUGAUUAGACAGGAUGAUAUGUUA